AUGUCGUACUUCUUGCCUUCGUUCUUCCAGAAGCGCUUGCUGAAAUAUGCCCUGUCGCGCCUGGGAAUCGUCGAUACAGAUGCAUUGGACCCCGAUAACCUCGGCAUCCGCUGGGGACAGCGUAGUACGGUGGAGCUUAGGGAUAUCGGGCUGAAGCUAGAGAAAUUGACCUCUCUUCUCAACCUUCCUUCGAAUUUCAAGUUGCUCAGUGCACGCGUUCGCCUCCUUCGGAUCACCGUUCCGGCCGAUAUAUACAGCAGCGGGAUAGCCUGCGAAGCCUGCGGGAUAAACGUACAUAUUCAGGUUCUACCGGACGAGGUAGUCUCGAAGGAGGGCCUCUCCCCAAGUCCUCUGUCUCCUGUGUCUCGGAGACCCGAGGAUGUUCAAAUAUUACCAGAUGCGACCGACCUGGCACAGUCGUUUCUGGAGGCUGAGCCAUCGGAGGAAAAGCAAGAGCUGCAGGCGGCUUUGUCAUCCAAGUCACAUACUGUGCAUGAAAGCACUUCUUUCGCAGACGAUGAGGAUGAAGAGCUUGGCUUAGGAAAUGAGACGCUCUCUCUACCCAGCUUCAUUGCUGGAUUUCUUCGAGGCGUGGCUGAUCGGUUUCAGCUGAAGAUCAGAGAUGUGACAUUGCGUCUGGACAUGGAGCUGAAGCAAGAGGGCCCAUCCAAAAGGUAUCCCGAGGACAAGCCAGACCUUGUGGCCGGGCUGUUGACUGUGGGCGAGAUCGAUGUGCAUGGUGCAUCUGAAUCUACCUCUAGUCGAGACGAGCCUAUACCCGUGCGCGUGGGGAAACGGCUGGUGUCUUGUACGACUAUAGAAUUCGGCCUCGUCUCCAACUCGAGCGUGUUUGGAAAUUAUGCUCGUUUCACCGUCCCAACAUCACCGACAACAACAAUGCGGUCAAAAGAGAGCCAAAGUCCCCAGCAUAAUUUUUCACCCCUGCCCUUUCAAUCCGCAGAAUCUGAUUUGGACCUUGCAAUGACAAGGUCGACAAUUUUUGAUCCGUCCUACCGCCCAGAUUGUGAUGACAGCAGUACUUGCGGUGAUACUUCAAAUGACGAGACUGUGGAGCAACAGCCCUUGGAGGAACCUCUCAACCUGGAGGACUACGCCGUGAGGAGGCAGUCCAUGGAUGACGAGAUUGUGUCGAGACCAACCUCUCCUACCUCAUCGAAUGGGUCGCCUUCUCACGAUGGUCGGUUCUCGGAUGCGGCUUCUGAAGAUGAAUACCGACACCACAACGCACUCGAGGACUCCCGUGAAUUUUCAAGCGAAAGGUCGUUUCUGGACAAUCCCCACUAUUUGGAGUCUGUCAUCGACACGCAAUUUGAUGAUUUCGAUGAAGAGCCCCCUGCUCCACUUCGCCCGCGAAGGCGCCAGAUGGAAGACGAAUUUGACCAACCCAAGCAUCUGCUUCCUACAGAGCAAUUUGAUUCUGAAGACACGGAGGCUAAGGAUCCAUAUACUGUUGAAAGGGACUUGGGGACAUCAACCUCCGAGAGACAAAAUCCACACAGGCAAAGUCAAGCAGGUUCCGCUAUACUGCCGUACUUCGAUGAUGCGAGGGCAGUUCGAGGAGAUAGUGGCUUAUCUCUAUCGCAACGAGAGUCAGCCCAAGCGGCCAACUCACCCAAUAGUCCUCGAUCAGAAAGUGGAAGUUUGUCACCAGAGCAAGAAACGAAUGGAGCUGGCCUCAUGGAAUCACAGUACUUUUCUCACGAUGAGGCUCAGAGUUUGUACAUGAGCGCUUUGAGUCAAGGUGGCAGCUUCGCACCGAGAAUGCCGGGAGCCUGGGAUUCAGUUCAUCGUCGUCCCGGUACAGGUAGCUCUUCGCAAUCUGGUCAAGGUGGACAUGUCCCCAUUGCCGACCAGAGCUCGUCCAAUGAAUCAACGCCGAAGGUAGAUGAAGCAUCAAUACACCCGUCAAUAGAGGAAUACUUCAACCGCGUGCAAAUUUCUCCCCUCUCCCAACCUGCAGACAGAACCUCCACACCUACUCCGUCAUUACCCACUAGCAGCACGUUCAGUGAGCAGAGAAAACCAAUAUUCAGCAUCGAUAAGAUUCUCAUUUGGCUACCUUUGAGCUCUGAUGGAGAGCAGAACGCCUCUUCACCCAAUAUAAGUGCAGGCGGCACCGACAGGGACACCAAGAACCCUGCAUCUUUUAUGCGGGAGUCCAACCACGGGGACAGUAUGUUCGCCUCCAGGGCUUUUGCAGCAGUUGGCUCAUCAAGUCAGUCAACUGAUCCACUUCUGUCAACUACAGAAAGUCAUCGUGGGCCCACCGACUCUAUAGCGAUUGCGGUAGAAAUAUUCGCACUGUCUGUUCAAUUCGACAUUGCCACCGGCUGGCUUUUGGUCAAAGCAGGUCAGCAGCUGAGCGCAUCAUUUGAUGGCCGUGAUGAUAGUCAACACAAGCGAGGCAGCUCGUCACCAAAGGCUUCCGUGCAAACAGAUCUGCAGAUAGAUGUGCACGACUUAUCAAUCCGCUUCGUUGACCACGUACCGGAAGCGGCACAUGUAUACCCACGUGCGUCUCCAACACUACCAUCCUUCACAGACCCCUCUCUGGAAGGAGUGAUAUUGCGGGUCAAGGCAACAGGACUGGCAUUGAAGCUGGCCGCGACCGAGAAGCGCACAGCCCAGCAGCUUGACAUAUCUACUCUUGUGUUCGGGACUGCGUUGGAUCACGUCAUCUCUUUCAACGAAGAGCUGAGGAUUCGAGAGUCUACAAGGGACUUGGCAGGAUCGAAGCAAGUGGAUGUUCACGUGUCACUUACCAGAUCCGCUGACUCGGUAAAGGUCGACGUGUUGACUCUUCCUAUGCACAUCAAUCUGAACGUUCGCCACAUAGAAGAAGUUCUCGGUUGGAUGGGUGGUCUGAGCUCUAUUCUCGAGCUUGGAAGCUCAAUCUCAUCUACAUCAACCUUGAAGGGAAUGCCCAAAGUGUCCCACAAACGCCCUCGGGCUGUUCACUUUGAGAGCCCUCCUCCGCUUACCCACGAAGAGGGAAUCGCUUCGAUUCCUUGGAAAGCAAAUGCUCGAUUGGGCGGUAUAAUAGUCGAUGUCAUUGGCGAAACGCACUCUAUCAAUCUCAGCACUACCGCCGUCAAAAUUGUCAGUCGGUCUGAAGGUGUUGGCAUCCAGGUUGACAAGGCAAGGCUCAGUGGACCGCACCCGCUUGACGAAACUCUGGACGCACCAGCCAAAAUGACAUUGUCCAACAUCCGAGUAGAAUUUUUAUUCUCACCGAAAGAAGUCGAUCUGGAUCGCCUUUUGACCCUCAUCACGCCGUCUAAGGACAGAUAUGACGAUGACGAUGACAUAAUGGUAGAUACACUACUUCGGCAACGAAGGCAAGGAUCAGUUCUCCGAGUGACAGUAUCAGAGAUGAAGACUGUCAUUUCCAGCUUACCUGCCCUGCGACCUUUGGAAGAGCUUGGCUCGGAGCUAGCUCGAUUAUCCAGCGUCACAAAGUAUCUGCCAGAGGAUGACCGCCCAGGUAUCUUGACAUUGACGUUGGUCAGGGAUCUUAGUACGCAGGUCUACUUAGGGGGAGAUGUCGGGGACAUGGAUUGCCGUCUUGUCAACGCUGAGGUUGCCUGGAUCAGCAUGCCUUCCUUGAUCGCCACACAAAUUGAAACCUUGACUGUCACUCGAAACCGCGAAGAAGAAAUAAUCGGAAGAUCUCUGUUUGCUGUCAAUGAGCAAGUUUCCACCGCCACACAAGCGCCUAUUCUCAUGGCCCGAUUCAUUCCGGACGAGAUGGACCCCACAUUUAAGAUCAAGUUCCACGGUCUGAGGAUCGAGUACACCGUUCCUUCGAUCAUGGCAUUUAUGGGACUCGGGGAAUGUGCAACUGGUGAAGAACUUGCGAGCGAAAUGGCAAACUCGAUAGCCAAUCUUGCGCAGCACUCGGGUCGCUUUUCGGGGUCGUCUCCCUGCCCAUCCCCCGAAAGGGGGGUUUCACCUGCGUCUGAGAAACCUAAGAGAUUAGCUGUAGUCUUUCAGGAUUGCGUUCUUGGUCUAAAUCCGCGCAAUUCACCUGCAAAAGCUCUGGUCGUUCUUACGAAUUCGAGAUUCAGUGGCACGAUGCACGAGGAUCAGUCGACAGAGGCCAAGGCCAACCUUGACAUCAGGAAAGCGUCUAUACUUAUCAUUGACAACAUAAAGAACGAGGGAAAUGUUGACAAUCUUCGACAGCGUACUUCGGCAGUCACUCAGAGUCAUCAAGUUGGGGAAUACAUAUCUCGUGGUUAUGUUCCCGUCUCCUCGCUAUCGACCGCGACUGCAGCCGUCAAGAUUACGCGACCUGCCGAGGACGGUUACAAGUCUCUCGAUAUCGAGUUGGGCAAUCGCCUUCUCAUUUUGGAGACCUGUGCGGACUCGACACAGACGCUCAUCAAUAUUCUAAAUGGUCUUCAGCCUCCUGCACCUCCAAAUGUCGCGGUCAAAUAUCGUACCGAGGUCACUCCUCUACAAGAAAUGCUUGCUUCUUUUACCGGCAAUGCUUUCGAUACUGGCACUGACAUGGCUGUCCUACCUGAAGGCAGUCCCGAGGAGACCCCUAAUACGAGCGAGGAGCUUGAAUAUGUCAGCGAAUUUUAUCCCAAAGACCAAAAAUUCCCUGACGUUAUUAGCCCGGAGGAACGCACAAUGAGUGCCAGUGGUGAGCUUGUGGAUGACUUUGAAGCCGACUAUCAUGUUUCGUCUAGUUUGACUGAGCUCGACUUUCAAGAGAAUCAUUUCGCCCGAAGUUCUGCGGUUGGAGGGACUGCCCAUCGCUGGGACACUGCAAAAAAUACUUAUGGUCUUACCGAUGACCAGAAACUCCACAUGAGUCCAUUACGCGUUCGAGUGCGAGAUGUGCAUGUGAUUUGGAACUUAUUCGAUGGCUUUGAUUGGCAAAAGACUAGAGAAACUAUCUCUAAAGCGGUCGAUCAAGUAGAAUUGAAAGCUACGGAGCGACGGGCUCGCACGUCUCGGAUAUCUUCGACCGCUGAAGAGGAAGAAGAAUCUGUUAUUGGCGACUUCCUGUUCAAUUCAAUUUACAUUGGAAUACCUGCCAACAAAGAUCCCCGAGAGCUGCAUGGUGAGAUCAAUCGCGACAUCAACGAUCUUUCAAGUGAAACAGGAAGCUAUGCCACGUCCACCACUGUGACAGGGGUUACAUCUCGACAGGGUCGCUCUGCGCAUGUUCGCGAGAAAAAGAAGAAGCUUCGCUUGCAUCGCAGCAAGCAUCACAAAAUGACGUUUGAAUUAUCAGGGAUCUGUGCGGAUCUCGUCGUCUUUCCCCCUGAUUCGGGCGAAACUCAAAGCUCCCUAGACGUGCGCAUCAAGGACCUGGAAGUCUUUGAUCAUGUACCUACUUCUACUUGGAAGAAGUUCGCGACCUAUCUUCAUGAGGCUGGCGAGCGAGAGAGUGGGACGAGUAUGGUUCAUCUGGAGAUCCUGACAGUGAAACCGAUUGCGGAACUAGCGGCAUCGGAACUUAUUCUGAAGGUAAGAAAUCAUUUUGCACCCAACAAUUUCUUCCCUUUGCCUGAUUUCUGGGGUCAUGUACUAACAAGCCAGGCUUCUGUACUACCGCUGCGACUGCAUGUGGAUCAAGAUGCUCUUGAUUUUAUGAGCCGAUUCUUUGAAUUCCGGGAUGAAUCCGUAGAAGCCUUGCCCACUCCUGGAGAAGCGCCCUUUCUGCAGCGUGUCGAGGUCAAUGCGAUACAAGUUAAGCUCGACUUCAAGCCCAAGCGGGUGGAUUACGCUGGCCUGCGAUCGGGUCGCACGACUGAGUUUAUGAACUUUUUCGUACUGGACGGAUCGGAUAUGGUGCUCAGACACGUUAUUAUUUACGGAGUCUCUGGAUUUGAUCGCCUUGGGAUUACCCUCAAUGACAUCUGGACACCGGACGUCAAGGCUAAUCAGCUACCAGGGGUGCUUGCUGGCCUUGCGCCUAUUCGAUCUCUAGUCAAUGUCGGUGGGGGUGUUCGCCAGUUGUUUGUUGUGCCGAUGCGUGAAUACAAGAAAGACGGUCGAAUCGUGCGAAGCAUUCAAAAGGGUGCCGCGGCCUUUGCCAAGACUACUUCGAGCGAGUUGGUCAAACUGGGUGCGAAGCUCGCCAUUGGCACGCAGACCGUCCUACAAGGUGCCGAAGAUCUAUUGGCGUCUCCUCAGAGCCCAGCUUUCACAUCGGAGGAUGAUCACGAUGAUGAUGAGGAAGAGAGCAACAAGAUCUCCCCUUACGCUGAACAACCCCUCGGGGUAGUUCAGGGUUUACGGGGUGCUUUCCGAGGUUUGGAGCGCGAUCUUCUUUUAGCGCGGGAUGCUGUUGUCGCCGUACCAGGCGAGGUUGUGGAGAGUGGUAAUGCUAAGGACGCAGCCAAGGCUGUUUUGAGGCGGGCGCCGACACUCAUCCUUCGGCCCGCGAUUGGCGUUUCCAAGGCUGUUGGGCAGACACUUUUGGGUGCCGGCAAUAGUCUUGAUCCAAGCAAUCGGCGCAAAAUGGAAGAUGUGAGUGAUGGUCUUUUGUUCCUGAUCAGUCCUUGGGUCACCAAAUACUAA